GAUGGAGCUUACUUCGGAAGAGGCGCAGCAACGCGUCUCUCUUAUGGGAGCUCAUGUUAAGGCGUUGUCUAAAUUUUUUCAAACCUUUUCUAUACCGACUGAGAACAGCGAUAGUGAUUCUAUACCUCUUGUUUGGGGCGAUCAUCGCUACAUGAACCAGCUGCAAGAGAUUAAGAACCGAAAGAGUAAUAUUUUGAGGGUGUACCUUGAUGACAUACGGCAGCACUUCCUGAAGGAUACGAAUGAACACCAAGUUUACGAGGGUCUGAUGCUCAAUGCAUAUCGUUAUUUAGAACUCAUGUACGCGGCCGCUGAUGCGUGUCUAGAAGGCAUUGAACGGAAUGUUGAAGAGCAUGAUCCUUACAGGUUAAGUCCUGGUCGUCAUAACCAGAAUCCCGAUGUUCUGGACUCUGUGGAUGAAUUAAGGGAGCGUCGAAUGAAGCAGAGCAAGUUGCCUGUUUAUCUGUACUCCAAUUUUGAAAUUUGGCUCAUUCCCGGUUCAUCCGAUUCCGUAAUGAAGAUGAAGACUGUGAACGCUGAUUAUAUUGGUUGUUUAAGUUUGAUAGAGGUUGACGUAACUCGUGUUGGUUUACUGAAGCCACGUGUCCAGGUUGCUACUUAUGAGUGUGACAGUUGCCAUAGUCACACCUACAAGGCUAUUCAAGGACCCAACUUUCUACCUAUCACUGACUGUGUCGACUGCAUCACGCGUAACAACACCAGGGGCACUCUUAAGUUCCAUCCCAGGCUGAGCAAAUUCGACAAGUACCAAGAGCUGCGUGUACAGGAGCCCCUAUACCAUCUUUCAGAGGGUGAACUGCCAAAAUCACUCAAGUGUGAGUUAUUUGGGGAGCUUACUCAAUCUGUGCGUCCUGGUGACUCUGUGCUUAUGUAUGGCAUACUGUUGCCAGUUGUACCCACCUCCCAUAACCCACAACGCCAUGCUUUAUUAGCGGAGAAGGUUUUCCGCGUUGUUUCUAUAGAGCACCAGAAGAAGGUUUUGGAUGCCAAUAAGAGCUCUGACUCUGAUUUGGCCAGGCGUAUUGAAGCAUUACGUCGUGACCCUGAUCUUUACGAGCGCUUAGCUUAUUCAAUCGCACCUGAGAUUUAUGGACAUGAGGACGUCAAAAAGGCACUGUUACUGCAAUUGAUCGGUGGUGUUACCCGUGAGAAGAAGGACGGUGGGAUAAUUCGUGGUUCUAUUCAUAUAUUGCUGCUUGGUGACCCUGGUGUGGCGAAGAGCCAGCUGUUGAAGAAAGUGUGUCUAAUAUCAUCACGUGGUGUGUAUACCACUGGAAAGGGUAGCAGCAGCACUGGUAUGACUGCUGCCAUUGUCAAGGACCCGCAGACUGGCGAAACUGCUCUUGAGGGUGGUGCGCUUGUUUUGGCAGAUUUGGGAUUAUGCUGUAUCGAUGAGUUUGAUAAGAUGGACGACUAUGACCGCUCUGCUAUAUACGAGGUCAUGGAACAGCAGACUGUAUCCAUAGCUAAGGCUGGGCACUGUACUACUAUGCCUGCAAGAUCUGCUGUACUAGCUGCUGCUAACCCGAUUAACGGCGUAUAUGACGUGCGAAAAACGGUAUUUCACAACAUGAAUCUGCCUGCUGCACUUCUUACACGUUUUGAUUUGCAAUUUCUCAUGCUCGAUCGUGUGGACCGUGGUAAAGACGCACAGUUGGCCGAACACGUCGUUAAUCUCGUUAAAGGGGUUUCCCAGGAGUUGACUCCUAAGUAUGCCGUGGUAGACAAGGAGUUGAUGCGAACAUACAUCAAGAUGGCUCAGGAGUUUGAGCCUACCAUGUCGCAGUCGAUUGUCGAAAAGGUAUCGGAAUGGUAUGUCAAUGUACGCCACCAAGAGUUGGAUAACGAGACGUAUAACGAUGAGCGCUUUACAUACACCACUCCACGUAGUAUGCUUGCUAUCUUACGCUUAUGCCAAGCUAUGGCACGUUUGCGCUUCAGCAAUACUGUUGAAAUGUCCGAUUUCGAGGAGGCUGUUAGGCUCAGCGAACAAAUGAAGAUUAGCCUUACAGAGGCUAGGAAUGACCGACUGUCACACAAAAGGCAGAGCGGCACUGCGCAGGUGAUGCACCUUUUGAGACGUCGUCGUGAUGAGCUUAAACAGCAGGCUGAUUGGGACGGUUGGAUGCCAAUACGUGAGCUUGAGCAGCAGGUACUAUCCACUGGUCUCAAGCACAAGGACCUUAAGGACGCAAUUGAAAAGUACUCUCGCAUGGCCGUCGUGCUCGUUGGUAAGGGCGAUACGCAUAUCGCCUUCCCCGAAGAUUUGGAGCAAUGAU